CUGGAGCUGGGCGCGGGGGACAUGCACGGGCCCCUCUUCGGCAUGAAGAUAUUCCGGAAUCUCUCUCUCUCCAGUUUCCUGACGGCUCAGUGCGCGAUGCAGGUCUCGUCCCGCGGUGUCCGGCCCGGCCUCACCACCGUCCUGGCGCGACACCUCGACAAGAACACCAUGGGGUACCUGCAGUGGCGCUGGGGCACCCAGUCUGCCAUGAACACCAGCAUCGUGAGAGACACCAAGACCAGUCACCUCACCUUCGCACUGCAGCUCGGGAUCCCUCACUGCUUCAUGAUGCUCAGCUACCAGUACAAGUUCCAGGACGAGGAUCAGACUAAAGUCAAGGGCUCCCUGAAGGCUGGGUUCUUCGGUACUGUUGUGGAGUACGGUGCGGAGCGGAAGAUCAGCCGGCACAGUGUUCUGGGGGCCACAGUCAGUGUUGGGGUACCCCAGGGGGUCUCCCUCAAAAUCAAAUUGAACAGAGCCAGUCAGACGUACUUUUUCCCGAUUCACCUCACGGAUCAGCUCCUCCCCAGCGCUGUGUUCUAUGCCACUGUGGGGCCGCUGGUAUUCUACCUGGCGAUGCAGAGGCUGGUUAUCCACCCCUACCUGAGCGCCCAGAAGGAGCAGGAGCUGGAGAAGCAGAGGGAGAGCUCGUCCUCCGACAUCGCCAGGAAGAAGCAGGAGGCCGAGGCAGCCGUGCGCUUGAUGCAGGAGUCGGUGCGCCGGGUCAUCGAGUGGGAGGAGUCCAGGAUGGGCCUCAUCAUCCUGAACGCUUGGUAUGGGAAGUUUGUGACGGACACCAGCAGGAAGCAGGAGAAGGCAAAGGUGAUCGAUGUGACGGUCCCGCUGCAGUGCCUGGUGAAGGACUCCAAACUCAUCCUCACAGACGCGUGCAAGUCUGGCUUGCCCGGGUUUUACGACCCCUGCGUUGGGGAGGAGAAGAGCCUCAAGGUGCUGUAUCAGUUCAGAGGAGUCAUGCACCAAAACCUGUCUGGAGACACAGAGGCACUUAGGAUACCAAAGCAAUCUCACAGGAUUGAUGCAGACACUUAAGACAUUAAGGGACGAGAGCAUGGACAGAGAGAGAGAGAGACGGACUGGACUGCACAGCCAGGGAGCCUGCAGACCCCACGCUAACAAACACACACAGAUGUGAACAUUUUUUAUUGCUAGAAUUAUUAUUAUUAUUGUUAUUAUUAUUGAUAUUAUUAUGAUGAAGGUGGUGACACAGAGGCGCGGGGCACUUUCAGGAAACAUGUACUGGGACUGUACUGGGGACUUGCAUGGGGAUUUUACAUGCAAAUGAAAUGAAAAGAUACCAGUGGAUGAUUUAAAACAAAAGAAA